AUGCGCUUCUACGGUAUCACCACCGCACUUGCCAUUCUGAGCACCGGUGUCGCUGCUGUGGUCGAUGGCUCUCAGCCUGACCUCGGAUAUGCCGAGCUCUACAAGCUGACCCAGCAGUUCUAUGACACCUUCCAGUAUCCGAACAAUGUGAAGGAGGCUGAGAAGAUCAACUCGACCAUCUGGGCCAAGAAUGUCCAGGGUCGUGUCUCGGAUACACGUAACUUCGAGGGUCGUGAACUCAACACCGAAUACAUCUUUGGCCUCUUCGUACCUUCCGAGUCUGUCUCCAUCAUCGGCAAGCCAGGACCGUUCGAGAUUAUUCAAUUCGCCGCCAACCAGAACAUCGCCUCGGCAACAACUCGCGUCAACUUCACUUUCCCAUCAUUCGGCAACAUAACUUUGCCGAUAGUAAUCGGCACCUGGAUGACGUACAACGAAGCCAAGGAGAUCACUCAAUACGAUGUCGUCUUCAAAUGGUUCGGCAACGUCUUGCAACUACUACUCUCCACGGUCGACAAAGAUCCCGUCAAAGCCCAGGCGAAGGGCGCCAUCGCCUUAUCAAAAUCGGUCUGCGCGUCUCACACCCAGUUUUGUACUGGCAAGAACAUACAGUACGAGUCUGAGGAGGAGUGCAUUCGCUUCAUGACCAAAGACAUCCGGUUCGGACAGAGCUUUGAGCUGGGUGCGAACACGCUCUUGUGCCGUAAUGUGCAUCAGAAGAUGCUCCCCUUCCGACCAGAUGUCCACUGUCCGCACAUAGGGAAGUCGGGUGGCGGACAGUGCGCAGACGACAUUACGUAUGUGCAGAAGGUUACCGAGGACUACUUCAAGAAUUCUGCAUGGAUCUCUACUCUUGAGCCGGCUCCGCCGAGUCCACCCUACAGGGGUCACUAG